CCACAGAGUCCACCUCAGUGCACGUGCUGCUGGUGAACCUCAUCAGGGGGAAACCUGCUUCCCUCCGCUCUCCUCUGGAUAACCACGCGCCCCGCCGCGGCCAAUCAGAUCCCUGCUGAGUGCGUCUCCAUGGUGACGGAGGUGCGAGGGUUUGGCGACCCGCAGAAGGAGCAGUACUUCAGGAAGAGGUUCAGAGACCAGGCCACAGCCGUCAUCUCCCACAUCAAGAGCAUCCGCAGCCUCCACAUCAUGAGCCACAUCCCGAUCUUCUGCUGGAUCAUCUCCACAGUUCUACAGAAACUUCUGGAACAAACAGAACCAGAGCUGCCCCGGACUCUCACACAGAUGUACGUCCACUUCCUGGUGGUGCAGGCCAAAGUCCAGAACAUCAAGUAUCACCAGGGAUCAGGGGAGGACCUUCACUGGACUUCAGAGACCAGGAAGAUGGUGAAGUCUCUGGGAAAACUGGCCUUUGAGCAGCUGCAGAAAGGAAACCUGAUCUUCUACGAGAGUGACCUGAGCGAGUGUGGGCUGGACGCUGCAGCGGCCUCAGUGUACUCCGGAGUGUUCACACACAGAUCUUUAGAGAGGAGCCAGGCCUGUACCAGGACAAGGUCUACUGCUUCAUCCAUCUGAGUGUGCAGGAGUUUCUGGCUGCUCUUCACGUCCAUCAGACCUUCUACAGCUCUGGAAAGAACCUGCUGGAGACACCACACUCAGAAGGAGCAGUACUUCAGGAAGAGGUUCAGAAAUCAGGCCACAGCCGUCAUCUCCCACAUCAAG